AUGGUUUUGAUAAGAGGACUUUUACCAUUACUAUUGUUUAAUUCGGCUUAUUUAUGGAACAUAACAAAGAUUAUGAUAGAAUAUUCUUCAAUGUGUGGACAUAAUAUGUGCAGUAGCAGUGAAACAAACACAUCUGCAUCAGUAAUGGGCAAGUUUGGUCUAUGUCCGUUAUGCAGUUGUAACAUUAGGUGUUUUCAAUAUGGUAAUUGUUGUCCUGAAGUGUUUUAUGCACUCAAUAUUUCAUGUGAAAAUCCAGGAAUACUUGAUGGAGAAUUUUGGAACGUUGACAACAGAUAUCCAGUUAGCAUUAACAAAUAUCGAAAUCCUCCCGUUUUAAUUGUAACAUCUUGUCCUCAAAGCUCCAUUAAAAACGAAAGCAAUGUAUGUUUUGUUGAUGAUAAUUGGAACAAUCAAAUACGACAUAUGCCCCUAACAUCAUUGAAAACAGGUCUAACAUAUAGAAACAACCUUUGUUCAGUCUGUCACAAUGAGACUCAUGAAGAUCUAUUAGCAUGGGGGAUUGGUAUCGAUUGUCGCGAAUCAGUAGACUUUAAUUUCAUGUCGUCAUAUGAUGACCUUUAUAAUAUUUCAAUUAUUAAUAAUUGUAGUAUAGCCUACAUAAAAGACAUGAGGAAUGAAAUAAAUCUCCGACCAUGUAGCACUGAAAACUCAAGGCUUUUCUAUGGCAUUAAUUCAUGUAACAUAUCUGGAACAUGGAAAUUGUACGAUUCAGAUAUAGAUCACGCAUGUCAGACUUACGAUCAUCAAUUCAAUUAUUUUAAAAACGUGUUUUGUUAUCUUUGUAAUCCACCACAGCAUGAUGGACAGUCGAUAUCGAAAUGCAAUGAUACAGGUUUGUGGCACCCAUAUGAUCCAGAGCUGGAAAAGCUAUGUAUAGAGACAUCACUUACUCAAGUGAUAGGUAACUUUAAGAAUAUAUACUGCUACUUUUGCAAUAGAAAUAAUGAUCAAACAACGCAACAUAACUUCAUUGAUGUAACGUAUGAAGUGGACAGAUAUAGUCACUUCAGACAUCUUUUCAAGAUUAAGAAAUUCAAUUUAAAGUAUAUACUUUACACGCUUGUCAGAAAAAUGGACGAUGAAUAUUCCAGUUAUGUUAAUGAAACUUUGGUACAUUUUCUCACCACACCUCUGAAUGAACUUUUAAACUCAAGCCAUGUUGACCUGUAUAAAGAUGAAUUAGUAGACAUAUAUAAUAAGUAUCUGGCAUAUUCUGGACAUGAAUUAUUUUGUGAAAACUACUCGACGUUCACAGAACUAGAGAAUUGUGAUUGUGAUGUCCAUUGUAGCAUCAGACACCGGUCAUAUAAUAAACCUUGUUGUAUUGACAAAAUGAUUGAGAGGAGUAAAACCUGUACCCUGGAUGAAAACUCACUGAAAAGGAAAACAUACAUAGUGUACGAUGACUGCUCUAAUUUUCCUCAGUCACGGUUACAAAUGCUUUGUAAACAGAACUCUAACCAGGACCUGUUGAACAUUUUACCAGUGACAUUAAUUAAAGAUAACAUUCCAUUCAAAAAUAUAUUUUGCUUCUUAUGCCAAUAUAAAGAAAUAAACACAACGUUCAUAGAAGAACAGAUUACAGAUGAUAUAGAAAUAUGGGAGUUUUUCAUUUCUUGCAGAACAUAUAUUCCGUAUGUCGUUCAUAUUUCCUUACAAGAAUAUUUCAAAUUUGCAAUGCAAAAUAAAUGUACAGUAGAUUUAAAGCCAUCGAGUAAUACUGUUGAGUGUGGGGAUGAAAGCUUCGGUAAAUGCAACACUACAGGAAAAUUGCAACAGGUAGACCAAAAUAUCAGACGGGCGUGUGAACGUUUAAUUGUACCAAGAGACAGUGCAAAUCCAUUCUGUAAAAUAUGCAAUCCGGAAUCUAACACGGAAAUAUUAUACACUGCUUGUAAUCACACUGGAAUGUGGCCAGAAGUCCUGUACAACCAAAAAGCUGUGAAUAACUGCAUUAAUCUGCCUGUAAUUGAAUAUCAUGCACCUUAUAAAAAUGUAUUUUGUAAAGAAUGUAACAUUCAAUUAGAUAGUUUAUCAGACGUAGGAAGUUUAAACAUAUAUGUUUAUACUAUUGACGAAAAAAACAACAAUGAUUCUGGAGAAAUUAAUAUCCCAGACUACAUUUUCCAACCUACAUUUCGUGUCUUGUUUUCUCUAUUAGACUACGACAGAACAUCUACAAACAAAAAAGAUAAGGAGGAGUGCAGAACAGACCAACUGUACAACUCUAUUAUGGUAAUAUUUACGGUACAUGUUAUCAUUUCAUCACUUGUUUGA